AUGGGUCUUCUAAAAGCGGCCACUCUCAAUCUCAUUCUUCUCCAAAUCCUGUUCCUCAGCUUGCUUUGCUAUCUCUUUGGGUCUCUCUAUCAAGAAACAACCCAUGUCCACAAUAUCAAUGUUCUUUAUGUCGACUAUGAUGGUGGAGCAAUAGGCGAUGCGGUUCGCGAGGCCUAUACUCAGCUUCAAGGCCCGGGAUUCCCGAACCUGAUUGAGAGGUCUCAACGGGAUUAUCCUACUCCUAACGACCUCGAGGGCACCAUUUGUGACAUCGAAUAUUGGGCUGCCUUUUACACCUCACCGAAUGCUUCCGAUCGCUUCACAGCUGCCCUCGCUGGUGGCUCGCUCGCUUCUUCCUAUAACAGAAGCGAUGUUCUCACGAUGGUCUGGAAUGAGGCACGCUACCCGUCAGUCUCGGACUCUGUUAUUUCUGAUCCCAUUCGGAAGCUAUCAGAAGUGGCACGAAUUGCAUUUACCGACCGAGGUGGAAAGCAAAUGAUACAAGCACUCAAUACAUCCAGCCCGGCUGCUAUUUCAGUCCUCUCUAGCCCAUGGAUGUUAACCUCGGUGGACAUCCAACCAACAACACAAGGCUCCCGAAUGAUCUAUAAUACACUAGUCAUCCUUUUGAUCUUGAUUCAGGAAUUCUUCUACCUGGGUUGCAUCAACAGCCUUUACCUACAGUUCCGACUCUAUACAGCCGUGUCGCCUCAUCGGAUCGUGGUAGUGCGUAUCAUUAUCUCUGCAGUGUAUACAUUUAUCGGCUCCCUAUGUGUCACAGGAGCAAUCUGGGCUUUUCGAAACGGCUGGCACGUGGACGGCAGUCAGUUCAUGCUAAACUGGAUGAUCCUAUGGCUAUUUGCCCACUUGAAUUUCCUCACUCUGGACGUGUUCUCGAUCUGGGCACCCCCUCCCUAUGUGCCCAUGGCAUUGAUCACGUGGAUUGUGCUGAAUGUCACCUCGAUUCUACUUCCAUUCGAACUUUCGCCAGCCUUCUUCCAGGUGGGCUACAUUUUCCCGGCGCACAGUGUCUUCCAGGUUCUCAUGGAUAUCUGGUCCGGUGGUUGCAACCCACAACUCAAUUACGCACUUCCCGUUCUGUUCUCUUGGGAGAUCCUCAGUCUCGCUUUCAGCUCUAUUGGUGUCUAUCGGCGUGCUCAUUUUGCCGCGAUCAAGAAAGAGGCGGAUGAUAAGGCAAUGCAAGAGCGCAUUGCGGCAGCAGUGGCAGUAAAGCAGGAGGCCCAGCUAGCGAGAAAGGAAUUGAACCCAGACGCCGGGACAGUUAAUACCGAAGAUGAAGGAAGAGCUGGCUUACAGAGACGGGGAACAAUCUUCACACUCGGUGAAGCGGAGGAAAUUGUCGAGAUUAUUCACCGCGAGUUGUCGCGCCCGAAGAGUCACAGGAGGGAAAGCCGUGACAAUCAAGGGCCAUGUUUUGACUUGCCCUUCACGCAGUAG